CCGGCCGGGUUCACCCUCCGUGCGCGCUCCCGACACACGCCCACAGCCGGCCGGUUCACCCUCUGUGCGCGCUCCCUCAUUUCUUCGCCUGUCUCUCUCCGUUCUGUCGGAUUUGCGUGUUUGUUUUUGUCCGAAGAACCGAGUAAUUUUUCGGGGGUCUAUCAAUCAACAUGCCGGCCGUUUCGAAGGGAGAUGGGAUGCGUGGGCUGGCGGUCUUCAUCUCAGAUAUAAGAAACUGCAAAAGCAAAGAGGCCGAGAUAAAGAGGAUAAACAAAGAGCUGGCAAAUAUCCGCUCAAAGUUUAAAGGAGACAAAGCGCUGGAUGGCUACAGUAAGAAGAAAUAUGUCUGCAAGCUGCUGUUUAUUUUCCUCCUGGGGCAUGAUAUCGAUUUUGGACACAUGGAGGCAGUCAACCUGUUAAGCUCCAACAAAUACACUGAGAAGCAGAUUGGUUACCUGUUCAUCUCCGUGCUGGUGAACUCAAACAGCGAGCUGAUUCGGCUGAUCAACAACGGCAUCAAGAACGACCUGGCCAGCCGCAACCCCACCUUCAUGAACCUGGCCCUGCACUGCAUCGCCAACGUGGGAAGCCGGGAGAUGGCAGAGGCCUUCACCGCAGAGAUCCCCAAGAUUCUGGUCGCUGGUGACACCAUGGACAGUGUGAAGCAGAGUGCUGCCCUGUGCUUGCUGCGGUUGAAUAGGACCUCGCCAGACCUUGUGCCCAUGGGGGAGUGGACCUCGCGGGUGGUGCAUCUCCUCAACGAUCAGCACCUGGGAGUGGUGACGGCUGCCACCAGUCUGAUCACUACUCUGGCGCAGAAGAACCCCGAAGAGUUCAAGACGUCGGUGUCCCUGGCAGUGUCGAGGCUCAGCAGGAUCGUGACCUCGGCAUCAACAGACCUCCAAGACUACACGUACUACUUUGUUCCUGCCCCGUGGCUCUCGGUCAAGCUUCUUCGUCUUCUGCAGUGCUAUCCGCCCCCAGAGGAAGGAGCAGUGCGCGGGCGUCUUACCGAAUGUCUGGAGACCAUCCUGAAUAAAGCCCAGGAGCCACCCAAAUCCAAGAAAGUCCAGCACUCCAACGCUAAGAACGCGGUCCUGUUCGAAGCCAUCAGCCUGAUAAUCCAUCAUGACAGUGAGCCAAACCUGCUGGUCCGAGCUUGUAACCAGCUGGGGCAGUUUCUGCAGCACCGGGAAACAAACCUGAGGUACCUGGCCCUGGAGAGCAUGUGUACGCUGGCCAGCUCCGAGUUCUCCCACGAGGCUGUCAAGACUCACAUAGAGACUGUCAUUAACGCACUGAAGACAGAGAGAGAUGUGAGUGUGAGGCAGAGGGCUGUGGACCUGCUGUACGCAAUGUGUGACCGAAGCAAUGCACAGCAGAUUGUGGCAGAGAUGUUAAACUACCUGGAAACUGCUGAUUACUCCAUUCGGGAAGAGAUUGUUCUGAAGGUGGCGAUCCUGGCUGAGAAGUACGCUGUGGAUUACACCUGGUACGUGGACACCAUCCUGAACCUGAUCCGCAUCGCGGGCGACUACGUGAGCGAGGAGGUCUGGUACCGAGUGAUCCAGAUCGUCAUCAACCGGGACGACGUGCAGGGGUACUCGGCCAAAACCGUGUUUGAGGCUCUUCAAGCUCCGGCAUGUCAUGAAAACCUGGUGAAGGUUGGCGGUUACAUUCUGGGAGAAUUUGGAAACUUGAUUGCUGGUGAUCCAAGAUCUAGCCCUCUAAUCCAGUUCAAUCUGCUGCACUCCAAGUUCCACCUGUGUAGCGUGCCUACCCGAGCCCUGCUGCUCUCCACCUACAUCAAGUUCGUGAACCUCUUCCCCGAGAUCAAGGCUACGAUCCAGGAUGUGCUGCGCAGUGACUCCCAGCUGAGGAACGCGGACGUGGAGCUGCAGCAGCGAGCGGUGGAGUACCUGAGGUUGAGCUGCAUUGCCAGCACCGACAUCCUGGCGACGGUCCUGGAGGAGAUGCCCCCGUUCCCAGAGAGGGAGUCCUCCAUCCUGACCAAGCUGAAAAAGAAGAAGGGUCCUGGGAAGGUUCCCGAUAUGGAAGAGACUAAGAAAGAGAGGAACUCUGAUAUGAACGGAAGCACAGAGCCAGUAUCAGUGAACUCCAGUGCCGUCACCAUGUGCUCUCCUCCUCCUCCUCCUCCUCCUCCUCCUACUUCCUCUCGGGAUCUCCUGGCACAGAUCUUGCCUGCCACAAACCGGCCUCGCCCCGCCAGCUCCCUGCUACAGCCCCUGCUCACCCCUGUGCUGUGCCCCUACUCGGGGGCCUCUCUUCCUGCCUUGGAAGGAGCCCUUAGCUUCCAGUCGACUCCCUCGACUUCCACAGACCUCCUGGGCCUGGGUUCGGCCCCCGUGCUGAACUCUGUGGCCCCUGCCUCUGCUGGGGGGAGCCUGCUUGUGGAUGUGUUCUCCGACAACUCUCCCGCCAUCGCGUCGCUGGCCCCCUCUGCCGAGGAGAACUUUUCCAGCCCUCAAAUUGGUUCCGCUGACGAUCCAGCUGCAACUGCGCAUGAUGCUGGUGAACUGGUUGACAAAUUUGUAUGCAAAAAUAACGGUGUACUGUUUGAAAACCAGCUGAUGCAAAUUGGACUUAAAUCGGAAUUCAGACAAAAUUUGGGUCGGAUGUAUAUAUUUUAUGGAAACAAGACCUCCACUCAGUUUCUGAGUUUUUCAACGGCAGUGAUCUGUCAGGACGCUCUAAAAACUCAACUAAAUAUUCAGACUAAACAGGUGGAUCCAGCAGUGGACGGAGGAGCACAGGUACAACAAAUAUUAAACAUCGAGUGUGUGUCAGACUUCGUGGAAGCGCCGAUUCUCAACAUUCAGUUCAGAUACGGAGGAGCCCUGCAGAACAUGUCUGUCAAGCUGCCCAUUACCCUCAAUAAGUUUUUCCAGCCCACGGAAAUGACAUCUCAAGAUUUCUUUCAGCGUUGGAAACAACUUAACAUUCCACAGCAAGAGGUGCAGAAGAUCUUUAAAGCAAAGCAUCCCAUGGACACAGAGGUUACAAAGGCCAAGAUAAUUGGUUUUGGUGUAGCCCUGCUGGACAUGGUAGACCCCAACCCUUCUAACUUUACUGGGGCUGGAGUAAUCCACUCGAAAAACAUUCAAGUGGGAUGUUUACUGCGGUUAGAGCCGAACACACAAGCUCAGAUGUAUCGCCUGACAUUGCGGACAAGCAGGGAGACUGUAUCUCGGAGGCUGUGUGAGCUGCUGUCAGAACAGUUUUAAUCUCCAACCACUUGGAAGGAAGGAAGAAAGAAAGAAAAAGCCUUUUCUUGCUACACACAGAACCUACAAGUUGGCCUAUAGCAGAUAAACAUUCUCUUGUACACCUGUGCUUUAAAACCUUAUGUCAUUGUCCAUCCAAUUCCCUCGGCAUUGUAACCUUUUAUCAUAUUUUUGUUUUGGUAUUUCAAUUUGGAACACGACAUUGUACAGUGUAUAUUUGUUUUUUUUUGUUUUUU